AGUUGGUUCAUUUCUCUAGGGUUUAAACCUCCGACAUGAAAACACGGCGGAAGAGAAACGUCUCCGGCGAUCCUGUUACAACAACUACGCGACGCAACACGCGAUCAAGGAAAUCAGAGGAGGAUGGAAGAGAAAGCUCCUCAUCAUUGCCGAUCCCAAUCGAGCUCUUUGUCGAUAUAUUCUCGAGGUUGCCGUUGAAGUCUAUAGCGACAUGUCGUUGCGUGUCGAAGCUCUGGUCCUCCAUAUUCCGCCGUCCAGAUUUCACAGAAUUGUUCCUGACCAAAUCUUCUGCUCGGCCGCAAAUCUUGUUCGCCGGGACUAGCGACGGUGAGCUCUUCUUUUCCUCGUCAUCGCCGCCUAAAGUUCCGGUAUCGAACUCGUCUCCUUUAGUUCCCAAUCAUCUUGCGCGUUUCAACUUUGAUAGUUUCUGUGCAAUUAGAGGUAUUGUGCGUAGUUUAGUCUGUGUUCAACAUCUUCGGAUCUUAGAUGGGCAAAAGGAAGUGGUAGUGGUGAUAUGUAACCCUAGCACGGGACAGUCUUUGACUUCACCUAAAUUGAAGACAAGUAGAAUUGGGGUGAGAAGCUAUUUUGGGUAUGAUCCGAUUGGUAAACAAUACAAGGUAUUGUCAAUGACACAGCCAAGUGUUAACGGCUUUGCUAUGGAAGGCGAGGAGCAUCAGGUUUUGACAUUAGGAGGAGCUGGAAACCUUUCAUGGAGAAUGAUUGAGUGUUGCAUACCCACUUGUUAUCAAAAGAGGAACCGGAAACAUUUCAUGGAGUAUGAUAAUGCUGGGAUAUGCAUCAAUGGACUGUUAUAUUAUCCAUCUAUUUAGAGAUCUACUAUAGUUUGCUUUGACAUUAGGUCUGAGAAGUUCAGCUUUAUUAAGGAAACUGUGGAAAACGCAGUUGACGGAACCAUGAUAAACUGCAACGGUAAACUAGGUUUGAUUAUGUCUAAAGAUAAGAAAGGAUGGUUCUCCUCGGGUGCUGAGAGAAGAAGUAAACGUUUUGUGUUGUGGGUUCUAGAAAAUCUUGAAGAACAGGAAUGGUCUGAGCAUAUCUACGUGUUGCCGGCUGUGUGGGAGAGGAUAGUUAGAGAUGAAGAAGAAUUGCUAUGUUUUGCUGGAGUGAGUCAGGCUAAUGAGAUUGUGCUGUUGUCGACUGAAGGAUUCUACGAUCAUCGACCCUACCUUCUCUACUUCAGUCUCGAGAGGAACACUUUGGUAAGAGUUGAUAUUCAAGAAACAGGUGUUCUUCACUAUGAGAGGCAUCGCCCUUAUAUAGACCAUGUAGAGGAUGUGAAGCUCUAUGCAGGUGUUUAGACACUUAGGUUGUCAUCUAUUCUAUCAUCACACAGAUCUUAUUUGGAUGAUUAUUUUCUUGUUUUCUUUGUGGAUAUUCUGAUCCAUUCCCUUGUUUACUCUUUACAGUGAGCAGUGGUUGUUCUUAGUUAUGUUUAAUUUGCUUUGUACUCUCUUCUCUUUAGAAGCAAAGCAACUUUAUGGAAUCGUAUCUCCAUGAGUUUCAUGUUAUUCUCGUAUAUCCAUAGG